AUGGAACGCUCACCAUAUUCCCGAGGCUUCAGCCAUCACAACAGGCCCAUUUUUUUCGAGAAUCGUGGUUAGACUCUUAAAAUUUUUUCGUUUGAUUAAUUAUAAAGUUAGUUGAAUCUUUUCCUUGAGUUUAAGAUUUCUCGUUUUUAAGUUUUUGUUUUCAAAGAAAAAAGUUUUUUAGAGCAGUUAGUUGUCGGCGGAGAGGAUGGUUCGAUAUCCGUCAUAGAUCCUUGUGGAACCAAAGAUGCACAAGUGAGAAAUCCACGAAAGUAACUGAUAAUUUAAGAUUUUUCUAGGAUACAACUGUUCUACAUUAUCAAACCAAACGACCAGUCUUGCAAAUGAGAGCCGGGGAAUUUUUACCUUUUAUGGGCGUUCAGUUGGCCGUUUUAUCGCCAAACCGACUCUCUUACUACCGUAUUGUUUAUGGUUAAUAUGAGAAAGGAUUUCAGAAUCGAAAAUUUUUUUAUCUUUCAGACGAAAAAGAUGAGACGUCAUUCAACUUUGAGGAAAUUUACGGACACGAGAUUGAAGAAACUGCUUACAACAUGUGCACUUUACCAUUUCAAAAUAUCCAUAUUCUUGUCCAGACCGUCUUGUGCAAUCUAUAUCUUUAUCAGGGUCGGUUAUCUUCAUAAUUAGAAAAAAGUUCAUAAUUUUUCUAAUAUUUCGAAGUACCCUAGAAAACGGUUCUUCGUCUUGAGAAUUCCGUACAGUUUUGCAAUAGACGUCUGUUCUAGGAGACCAGUGCAUUUUCUCGAAAUCACCAUUGCCUUUUCUGCUCCCGGGGCCAAUAUGCUAUUCACUACCGUCCUCCUCCUUACUACUUGGCAAUGACGGUCGAAUAAGCUCCUUGAAAUUCAGCCUAUUGACCAGCGUCUCGAAUUCCUCCAAGAAAGUCACGGUUUUCCUGAGAAAAAAACUUGGCCGGAACCUUAAUUUGGAAUUUUGUUCAGUUUGAUUGGGAGUUCAGUCUCGGUGAUUACGCGCUGGACAUCGAGGUCGAAGAUCGGCCUCCGAUCCAGCCGUCGCUGGUUGUUCUGUGUCGAAGAGGCGUCAAUUGUUUCACCACCGGGGGAAUGAUUCGUUGGCAGAUACGGCUGGAGUCUGUCGCCACAGCCAUGUGCCUGUACAGAUUGCCAGGAAGUCAGUUAUAACAGUUUUUUUCAAAAAAAAUUAUGUCUCAACGGUAGAUAGUACUCGCGAAGGUCUGGUAAGAAAUCUUUUUUAAUUAAGUCAAGCAGGAUUUUUAUGCGAAAACAAAAAUAGAUCUUUUUACGCUAGAUUCCACUCAAAAUCUCUGUGUAUUCAUGGGUGUUGAGAUCACAAGACAUUAUUAAAUGGGCCUACUUUGAGAAAUUUUUGAAAAUUGUUAAUUAUAUGCUGAAAAAUGGCGUUUUUCAGUUGAAACUGCAUACAUUUCAUCAAUAAUCGCCACUGCCGAUGAGAAUAUGUUGGUUUUCCGUGACGAACGGCUCGUCUGGAAUUGUAAUGCUCACAUGGCGCCGGUUGCUCUUCUUGUGUCGACCUAUAGGUUUAGUUUUUUUUUUUCAAGUUUACCGAUUUUUAAUGGCUUAAUUCUCAAGUUCCCGUCUCAUUCCCGAACACUUCUUUCCUCUCGACUUUCAAAUUAAAAAAUUUGAGCGUUAAAAUUUCCAUGUAUCUUUUCUCGAGUUUUCGUUCAUGGUUUUCAACAACUUUUCUUGCAGCAGCCUCUAUGAAAACGUCCUGACCUUGAUGUCAUCGAAUGGAAAAGUUAUCAUCGGUUACCCGGGCACGGAGCCAAAUUUGUACAAGGUUGAGGCUAUCGAAGAUCUGUAAUAAUGAUAAAAAUUCCCAGCUGCCGCCAGAGAACCGCAUAAUCAAUUAUAAAGAGAAGGCCGAGCAAUUGAAGUCCUUGGAGUCUAAAAUCAAAGAAACGCAGGGAAAAGGGGGUUUUUCCAUUACGAUAAACUGGUCUUAACUUUGAAUUUCGCAGAAAUUGAGCCAAGGCUGGAGUUUGGCAUCAAGUUGACCUGUUCGGAACUCCAGAAAGCAUCGGUAAUGGUUCAGAUCAUUCAACUCUGGUUUAAAAAAAACCUAGACUGAAAUCUCCAUUUGAAUUAGAAGGGAAGCUCUUUCUGUGGGCUCUUCUCUAUAAUAUUUGAUUUUCGCAGCUUUUUCUACAAUUCCUUUCUUGAUCUGAAUCUAAAAAUGUAAAACUGCAGAUGGAGCACAACACGAAAGGACCGGUCUGUAUCCUCACAGUUCAAUUCAACGGCGUCGCGGAGGCUCAGAAAAUCCACAUUAAUGUCCGUUCAUCGCUCUCAACUCCGUCUCGACAGAUUGUUCUUCAUAAACCGAGUACAUUUUUCUUUCUUGAAUUUUUUUGGAUUUUUUUGAAAAAUUAAUUUGAUAGCUAUUUUUACACGGCAGUUCGUUAAAUUUUUCUUUAUUAUCUAUACUUUUCACGUUUCAGACAGGCAAAAACUGAAAUUUUUUUAAUCGGAGCCCUAAAAAAAGCAAACUUUUUUUCAGAACUUGUUAAAGCUUAUAGUAAAAAAAUUUAAAAUAUCGAAAAAAACCUCAUUUGUUCACUUAAAGUAUGUCGUACAAACUUUGAGGUCUUAUAAAUUGAGAAAAGUUGAAUUCUAAAGAUUCAUUCUUUUCUAAAUAGUUAUGAAGUUUUUGCCGGGGAACUAAAUUACAUUUGAAUUUUAAAAUUUCAGGAGAAGGCUCCCAAUUGAAAAUCCCAUUUUUCGUCGGUAAGGAGCCUCCAACCAGCUCCACCGUCAAUAUUGCGGCUCAUUGUUAUCCAUCACAAGGUACAUUUUCUGCUCAUUGUUUUAUUCGCCAAAUUUCAGCCUCGAGCUACCGAUCAAUCGAAAUGCCAAUGGAACUUUUGUUCCACGAGUGCUCCCUGGACAGGAAUUCCAAGUAUAAAUUCACGCUGGACACUGAUUGCGCGGUCGUUCCCAUCAAUUCUCUGUUCCCAGGUUCUUGACUUGAUUUUUUGAACAUUAAUUAGGAAUUUUAAGCUUUUCAAACGGAUAACCCCUUGACGAUUGGCCUACAAGUUCAUUCCAGCGACGCGACCGUUUCCAUUUUUGCGGCCAAUAAAUCAAGUAAGAGUUUGGAAAAUCACAUCGUUCAAUAACCAAUUUUGAUUCUUUUCUUUUUGUAAUAUACUCACUUUUUUUUAUACUAUGGACCAAAAAAUGUCCUUCUCCACAUUUAUCCAAAGUUUCUUUUUUUCAAAUUUUAAAUCAACAAAUCUCUGCAAGUUGUUUUCAGCAAUUUCAUCCUUUAUUUUUUUUAAUGUUUUUUUUUUCUAACAUUUGCUAGAUAUUGAAUUCAACCUCACCAGUAUGACCUUGAAUAAUGUUCUAGAUAUUUUCUUCCACAAAAUAAUUUGGAAAAACGCAAAAGGUUACAGAUCGCUACAGAGUUCAAAGCGACCGCCUCGGUUUGCUCCAAGUGGCGACGGCUGCCUUGAUCCAAAGACUCCGAGAAACAGUCCCCAACAUCAAUAUUGGUGGCAAGCAGCCAAUCGAGUACAUUUCUCUUUUGCUCGAUAACAUUUUAGAGGUUUCUAUUUCUAUUUUCACUGCUUCAUUCCAUUUAUUCAGCACAAAAAGUUGCUUGACGCGGAAAAAGAGAGAAUGGAGUCGCGGAUGCGAGAAGUUCGUUGUAUCGAAGCGCUACUGCUGAACAAGUCGAAAAACACGAAAUUGGAGAAUUUGGACCAUAUCGAUGCGCUUUUCAGCAAGUCGCACCAACAGGUCAACUUUCGGAAGAAAUCAAAAUUUUUCCUUCUUAGAAGCUUUUCUCUCUAUUUUUUGAAUAUUUUCUACAAAAACCUUCGCCGAGGUUAUAAAGGGUCAUACCAUAUUUGAGUCUUGAGACAAUAAUGGCGAGUUUAAUAUUUUCAGCUCCUAGCAGCGAUGGACGCCUACACGACGUCUCAAAAUAAAUACAAAACCGAAAUUGAAGCUUUAGGUUGGUACAAAAUUGAAUGUUUUGAAUGAUAUCGCCACGCGCUGCAAAUUAUUCUAAAUAACCUGGAAUAUUUCAGGUUCAUUAUUCCAGCUGACGGCCGAUGUUAUGCGAUGUCAAAAAGCCGUGGCUUACAUCGACGGCAAUUUUUAUGUCAAUACUACACAAGUGAGUUAUUGGCGUCGGAAAACUUCAGGCGUUUUGAAUAAAAAAUGUGUGUUGUAAUUUAAUGAUCUCCGCAAGUUUAAAAUGGUGCAAAAAAAAUCAGAACUUUUCAAAUAUCAGUUCUUACUUUUCAAUAAACACAAGAAAAAGACGUUAGAUUGUUUUAUUUCAAGGUUAGCACUCGUUUUUGAUUCAAAACUGAGUUUUUCAAAAAUUUUCUGUUCUCAAGUUCAAAAAAAGGCUCAUCAGUUCCGUUUCAAACUUUUUUGAGCUUCCUUGAGUUAAAUUUUUUUUUUCAAAAAUCUUUCACGUCAAACUUAAUUAUCUUUUUCAGUCCCUGAAAGAAAGGCUCCAAUGGGCGUCGAGAAUGCACAGAUCUGGCGAAUCUUCAAUGGUGGAAGCGCUGUGUCAGCACGCUCGGAAAGAUCUGCCGCAAAUCACCGAGGAAGAGGAACCGUCCAAUGAACCAGUUGCAGAGAACGCAGAAUGA